AUGAGAGAAGACAAAUUUGAAAAACUCCUGAUUGCAACCACCAUGUUCAUUGGGUUCAGCGCACUCUUUCGUCCCUCAGACAUUGCUUCUAUUAAAUGGUGUGACAUUACCAGGGACAAACCAAAGAAGGGUUGGAUUCCAAUAAUUAAUUCAGGUCACAAAACCGACAAGAUGAAUCUCGAUAAAGAUCCCAUCAUAAUCGAACCAGCCCCCAACCAAAAGUACUGCCCAGUGAAAUUAAUCACCUCAUACAGAGACCGAGUCCACAACUUCAAAGAAAGAAAUAGUCCUUUCCUCUCCUUUACCGACAAUCGUUUCCUCACAUCAAACGACAUAUGCGAAUUCAUGAAGAAAGUGAGAAAAAUCCUUAACAUUAAGGAAAAUAUUCUAGGUCACUCCCUUAGAAUUGGAGCAGCUUCCAAACUCACCGAAGAAGGAGAAUCGUAG